AUGAGGUCUAACGCAGCCAAGAGAAUCGACAGAAUGUUGACAUUCCGUCCCAUGCCGCUUAAUCAACUUAAAAAAAUCGAAGUUACAUAUGCUAGAAACAACGAAUGUGUUAGCGAUUUCGUUAGGGACUUAGUGCCACUGAUGGCAUAUGGAAACAAACAUAUAGUUUUUCGUACAAAAACAGUAGAGGCGGAGGAAGAAGAGUACUGCGCCCUGUCUCUGAACUCAGGCAGCAACACGACUUUGAACCUCAAGCUCUACCGAUACCCGUUGCAAAUUUUGCAACGAAUCCUCGAUAUAGCUGGAACAGAGGCUGAAGAUACGAGAAACUCGUAG